AUGGCCCCGUCGACGGUCGCAAAUGGCUACGGCGGCAUGCAUCUUCCAGCAGACGGGAGUACUACAGACGCGGAGCUCUCGAGGCGCGUGGAACGUCCCCAAGUGGUCAACAACCCGGCACCAGACGACGUGAGGAUCCUCGAGCAGCUGUACGGGACGCGGAAGAAGAUGAGAGUCGUCAUGCUCGGAGCGGGCAUGAGCGGGCUCAAUUUUUUCAAGUUCGCCGAGGAAAAGCUCAAGAACGUCGAAAUCGUCUGCUACGAGAAGAACCGGGACGUCGGCGGCACGUGGUACGAAAACAGGUACCCCGGAUGCGCCUGUGACAUUCCAUCGGUCGCGUACCAGUUCCCGUGGCGGCCGGUGCCGUGGUCCAAGUACUAUUCCCAGUCAGGGGAGAUAUGGGAGUAUAUCAAGAUGGUGGAGCGGGAGAACAACUUUAUCGAAAAGUACGUCAAGCUGCAGCACAGGAUCGUCUCGCUGUCGUGGGGGGAGGACGACGACGGGGCUACUGGACCUGGAGCACCACGGUGGACGGUGCGAGUGCAGGAUGUCGUGUCUGGUCGGGAGUUCGACGACCACGCCGAUUUCGUCGUCGACGGAGGAGGAGUAUUGAACAAGUGGAAGUGGCCCGACAAUAUCCCGGGUCUGCAGGAUUUCAAAGGCACUCUUCUCCAUUCGGCACAGUACGACGAGAGGAUAGAUCUGACGGGCAAGAGAGUGGCGCUGAUCGGCGCCGGUAGCUCUGCAGUCCAGAUCCUCCCAAACAUCUACGACCAGGUCGACAGGGUGUACACGUGGGUCCGAACAAAGAUCUGGAUCACUGCUGGGUUCGCGCAGAAUUUUGCUGGCAAGGACGGUGCGAACUUUGCCUACAAUGAAGAACAGCGUAAGAUGUUCGAGAACGAGGACGAGUACCUCGCGUACCGCAAGAUGAUCGAGGGCGAACUCAAUCAGCGCUUUGGGUUCAUCAUCAACGGAACAUCGGCUCAGAAGGCUGCUCGCGAAUUUUCUGAAAAGGAGAUGAGAACCAAGCUGAAAGACCGACCGGAACUGCUCGAGAAGAUCAUGCCAGAUGAUUUCUUUGUUGGCUGUCGUCGACCCACCCCUGGAAAUGGAUACCUCGAAUGCCUUGCCGGGCCCAAGACCACCGCAUACACCACGCAACUCGGCCAGAUUACGGAAAAGGGCUUCAUUGACCCCGACGGCAAUGAACAAGAGGUGGACGUUAUCAUUUGCGCGACCGGGUUCGACACUUCGUACAAGCCACGAUUCCCACUCGUUGUCAAUGGAGUCAACAAGUCCGAACAAUGGAAGGACAACCCCCAUCCACACGUACCUUCAUAUUUGAGUCUGGCGUACGCCGGGGUCCCGAACUACAUCCUCUUUGGCGGUGCAUACUGCCCAUCGGCCCACGGGUCGUUCUUCCCUAUAAUCGCAGCUUACGUCAAUUACACGAUCCAAGUCAUUGAGAAGAUGCAGAUUGAAAACAUCCGCUCGAUACAGCCCAAGGAGAAGGUGGUGGAGCAUUUCAUGAAACAUGCCGACACGUUCUUGAAAAGGACAGCCUGGACCGGACCAUGCAGCUCGUGGUUCAAGGGUGGUAAGAAGGACGGCAAGCCAGCCAUCUAUCCAGGCUCUCGGUUGCACUUCCUACGGCUGCUGGAGAAACCGCGCUGGGAAGACUUUGACGUUGAAUACGACCAGGAAGAAGACAUGUGGAGUUUCAUGGGCAACGGGUUCCAUGUCUGCGAGCAGGACGGCAGUGAUAUUACCUGGUAUUUGGGGGAGCUGAAACAGGAGGUCGACCAGGACAAAGUGAGGAGGGUCAUGGAUGGCACGAAGGGUAUCGAGAUUGGUAUUAAGCGGUGA